AUGAUACAUUCAACAACAUCCGAUACUUACAUUAAUACAGAAAAGGCUAUCGCACACCGACGAGUUGGUAUAUAUUCAUUUCAAUUGAAAGAAGAAAUCGUCUAUUCAAUUGUACCUAUCAAGAAUGCAUGUACUGAAUCGCCUUCAACGAAUGUUUGUGCGUUUACGUCCAAUCCAGCAUAUCCAAAUAUAGUGGAGAUUUCUACGAUAUUACCAUCUCGUGAUAAAGACAACGCUUUACCACGAUACGACACGAAUCAUAUUUUUAGUUCAAUUAGAAGUAAUCUUCAAAAAAUGCUUCAGCUUCACCAAUCUUUAGAGCAGAUAGCAAAACAAGAUUUUAUUACUCAUCUCGUUGGAGAGCAGUUUCACGGAAUAGAACAUAUACAAAAAUCACUACAAUACUUGACAAGUACUCAGAUUGAAAAUGGUAAACCAAAUAUAUUUCAGAUUUCAUCGACAACAUUGGUCAAUGUAUUUAAGCAAAUAAAUAACAACAAAAUUACAUUUGAUUUUCUUACGGAUAUUGAACUGAGAUCGUUUUUGCUCGCUACAAUUUCGAUGAUCGACAAUUCAUAUCAAAUUAUUGAUUUAUCGGAAUCAUUGAAACUAUUUACUGACUUAAUCAUUGGUCAAUCCAUUUAUAUUCUUCGUUCAUGUGGUGAUAUUAAUAAACAAAGUAUAUCUAGUCAGUCAUGUCUCAUUGUCGCCACAUCAUUCUUUCGUCCUUUGGUUGAGAAUGAUAACGUACCAUUAGUCUACCAGCUGACUCCAUUACCAGCCAUUCUCAACCGUGAGCAAUUUAUUUACUCAAAUAUACCUCGUAUAGUUGCUCUAAAUACGCAAGAUCAGUCGGUUAUGACAUGGAACACCAUUCCAAACAAGAAUGAGUGUCUUUUUUCAAUUUUUCUUUAUUGUUCAAAAAGACCGCCGCUCAUUCGACUCAGUCAGUUGCCUUGUUUGUCACAGUUGUUAUAUGACGAUAAAAAGAGUGUCAGUUCAUGUGAUAUCACACGUAUCUUAGAUGUAGAAACGAAACUUAUCAAUAUCGUAGAUGAUGUUUGGCUUUUUUCUCAUGAUGGACCACCAAUGUACUGUCAAUUACAACCAAAUAUUGAACCAUACAGUGCUUUUACCAUUAUCAAUGAAUCAUCGCUUCUCCGAUUACCUUGUGAACAAACAAUGACUUGUUCGGACAUUAAGAUGCUUUCAUCCAAUUGCAUUGACCGCAAAGUUUUAAUCAAAUCAUCGACCACCGAUGAAUAUGAGUUUCUAUCAACUACACCGUUCUCACUCCAAAAUAUGAAUAUACAACUGCUUUCCACUUAUCAAUUCCGUGUUAAAACUUCAUUUAAGAACAUUCUUGAUAAUUUGAACAAUGAUCGAUUGACUGUAAAAACUGUUUUCAAGGAAUUUGGUGUCAUUGUUCUAUCAGCAUUUCUUUUUCUUUUCUUCUCGAUUGUCUUAUUUGUUGUUCGAUAUGUGAAGCGUCUGCUAGUGAGACGUUUAGAACAUCUCGAGACGAAUGUCGACGAUCUCGUACAUGCAGUUGCUAUUCGACUAGACGACGAAUCUUUCGCUUAA